GGCCGAAGGCCAAAGACCGUGUCUUGGUGUCUGGGGACACUGACCUGCCCCUUCCAGUUCUCUAUAGAGCUGCACCAUCUGGAAGCACCUGGGAAGGCAGUGGUGCUGGCUCUGGCCUCCUACCUGCCCGCAGCCAUGGAGAACAGCAGCAAGUUCGACAGCCCCACAAACAUCUCCCUGGCCAGCAGCGACGCUGUCUUCGACGUGAUCGAAUACAAAGCCAUCUCGGUCUUCCUGGUGCUGGUGAUCUGCGGGGUGGGGAUUGUGGGCAACAUCAUGGUGGUGCUGGUGGUCCUCACCACCCGGGAGAUGAAGACACCCACCAACUGCUACCUGGUUAGCCUGGCAGUGGCCGAUCUGAUGGUCCUGGUGGCUGCUGGCUUGCCCAACAUCUCGGACAGCCUGGCGGGGAUGUGGAUCUAUGGGCAUGCUGGCUGCCUUGGGAUAACCUACUUCCAGUAUCUGGGCAUCAACGUCUCCUCCUGCUCCAUCACGGCCUUCACCGUGGAGAGGUACAUCGCCAUUUGCCACCCAAUGCGCGCCCACACCAUGUGCACGGUAUCCCGGGCCAAGCGCAUCAUUGCCUUCGUUUGGAUCUGCACCUCCAUCUACUGCAUGCUCUGGUUCUUCCUGGUCGACAUCAAUGUCAACAAGAGCCAGCACCUGGAGUGUGGCUACAAAGUCUCCCGCAACCUCUACCUGCCCAUCUACCUGCUCGACUUUGCCCUCUUCUUUGUCACCCCCUUGUUUGUGGCCACCAUGCUGUACGGGCUGAUCGGGAGAAUCCUCUUCGCCAGCCCCAUCCCCGACCAAGCUGAGGCCACCGCUGAGCCCUGGAGAGAGAGGAGCGGGAAGGAGAAGAACGGAGUGGACACACGGGAGAGCAAGCCCAGCAGCCGCUCCAGGACCAGAGGGGCUCUGUCCUCCCGGAAGCAGGUCACCAAGAUGCUGGCGGUGGUGGUGAUCCUUUUCGCCCUGCUCUGGAUGCCCUACCGGACGCUGGUGCUGGUGAACUCCUUCAUGGACAACCCCUUCCUGAACCCAUGGUUCGUCCUCUUCUGCCGGCUCUGCGUCUACGCCAACAGCGCCAUCAACCCCGUCGUCUACAACCUCAUGUCCCAGAAGUUCCGGGCCGCCUUCAAGCGGCUGUGCAAGUGCGGGGGGGAGCCGCCGCCCCGCAGCCUGUACAUGGCCACGGCCAGCUACAGCCUGGCGAGGGAGCCCCUGCCGCCCACCUCCCAGCCCCUGGACCACAAGGAAGAUAAACAGCCCCCAACAGCGAGCAACACGGCUCUCCCCAAGCAACAGCAGCCACCACGGAGCAAGGCAGACAUCGGGGACGAGCUGUACUUCAGUGUGGUGUAGACCUCCCCCACCCCAGCUCCAUGGCUCCCCCGUCUCCGUAUAUAGACGCGCCCCAUGAACAGGGGAGGCUGGUUGGGGGACGCUGGGCUCAAAAUCCAGAUCCGAUCUGCAUCGAUGUCCAGCGCUGGCUCUCACAGAGCACAUGUGGGUGAGGGAAAGUCCAGGGCGCACAGAGACAGAGGGGGCCAGCACGGAGGUGAUCCAGGGGGAAUCAAACCAGCCCCCACUUUGUGCCUAGACACUCUGACGUGGCUUGGUUCCCACCCCUGCAGCCUGGUGGUGAGGCAGCCAGCCCCAGGCAGGGAUCACAGAUCCCGAAAUAGACACUCUUGUUUUCCCGAGGGUUUGCCAGCACCUCUAGGCUGUGGCACUGUCAGAAGAGCUAUAAACAUUUGAGUGCCACUGCUUCUCUGAGCUCAUCAGUUGGGCUUGGUUCCUGUGUCCAGCCUUGGAGGAAGCCCUGACACUGGAUGGGGAAAAAAAAUCCAUACAACUCCACAGACAGCAGGCGGUUAAACUGGCAGCGGUGCGCCAGAGGCGGUAGAUGGAGAAUUUCUGUUCUCCCUGUCUCAUAAUACAGAAACAAGGAGACACCCAAUGAAACUGAAAGGUGGGAAAUUCAAAACGGAUAAAAGAAAUCCCCUUUCUCACAGUGACUGUGGAACUCACCGCCACAUGAAGUCAUUAAGGUGAAGAACUUAAGAUUCAAA